CUGUCUCUGACGGCCUUGCUCCCGUCACGUGAUGUACUCUUGUUCACGUGGGGGGAAGAUCUCUCUUUUCUCUCCUCCCACACAUCGUCUACCCCCACCGCGGAACGCUACGACUGUGGGAACCUUGGGACAGGAGCUAAAGGAUGCUCCCCAGAGCUGGGAUCUAUUACUUUCCUUGGGAGAUCAGUUCUGGUAUAGUCCCAGAAGGAGAAACUGUGAGAACAUUUGGCAGGUUCCAUUGUUAUGACAUGGUUCGGUCCAGAGUUACUUUAGUUGCUCAGCGUGAAUCGGUACAGCAUCAGGUCUACAUCUGCACCAAGUUGGUGGAGCCAUUCCAAGCCCAGCCAGGGUCCCUGUAUAUGGUACUGGGGGAAUAUGAACGGAGUGAUGAUAAGGUUUCCAUGGUAAAGGCUCGUGUGCUGACUUGUGUGGAAGGGAUAAACCUGCCUUUGUUAGAACAAGCCAUCCAGAAGCAGAGGAAGUAUCACCAGGAGAGGGAACAUCAGCAAGAGAAGGGCAGCCAAGAGCAUGGCAGCUGCGCAGGCGGCAUGGAUGUGUUCCAGAAGGUGGAGAAGAUCGGGGAGGGCACCUACGGGGUGGUGUACAAGGCCAGGAACAAGCAGACGGGCCAGCUGGUGGCCCUGAAGAAGAUCCGCCUGGACUCGGAGACUGAAGGGGUCCCAAGCACCGCCAUUCGGGAGAUCUCCCUUCUCAAAGAGCUCAAGCACCCCAAUAUCGUCAGGCUACUAGAUGUGGUACAUAGUGAGAAGAAGCUGUACCUGGUGUUUGAGUUCCUCAGCCAGGACCUGAAGAAAUACAUGGACUCAGCUGCGGACGCAGAACUCCCUCUGCACCUGGUCAAGAGCUACCUCUUCCAGCUGCUCCAGGGGGUAAACUUCUGUCAUUCUCAUCGAGUCAUCCACCGCGAUCUGAAGCCCCAGAACCUUCUCAUCAAUGAGUUGGGUGCCAUCAAGCUGGCUGAUUUUGGGCUGGCCCGGGCCUUUGGCGUGCCCCUGCGUACCUACACCCACGAGGUGGUAACCCUCUGGUAUCGUGCCCCUGAGAUCCUCCUGGGCUGCAAGUUCUAUUCAACGGCCGUGGAUGUCUGGAGCAUUGGUUGCAUCUUUGCAGAGAUGGUGACACGCAGGGCCCUGUUUCCUGGUGAUUCUGAAAUUGACCAGCUGUUUCGAAUUUUUCGGACCUUGGGCACGCCCAGUGAGGCCAUGUGGCCAGGGGUCACCCAGCUACCAGAUUAUAAGGGCAGUUUCCCCAAGUGGACCAGGAAGUCGAUAGAGGAGAUUGUGCCUAGCCUUGACCCAGAGGGCAAAGACCUGCUCAUGCAGCUGCUGCAGUAUGACCCAAACAGACGCAUCUCAGCCAAGGCAGCUCUAACACAUCACUAUUUCUCCACCUGCAAGUCAUGCUCAGCCCCACGCCAGUGCAUGUUGGAGCAUUUUUGCCGGUGAAGGGGAUGGGCGUCCAGCUUCUCCCCUCUUCCCCCUCCUUCUCAGGCCCCAUACCCAAAGUCCCUUCUGCAGCUGCAGCUCUAGCCGUCUUUCCCUAAUGCUGGGGGGAGGAAUUAGAGGCGAGGUGGGCUUUGUGUCUAGGUUCAGCUGUGGCUGGGGACCAUGAGGGGCUAGGUUUGGACCAGUCCCCCUACCAGGUUAGUGAGAGUUCCCAUGUUCUUUGUUGGGUUUCACAGUGUCACUUCAGAGUGGAGGGCACAGCUGCCUUGUAAGGGAGAGGGAGAGGUGAGAGAGCAGCUCCCUUGUACCCAGGAGCACUGGAGGGGGUGCUCAGAGAAAGAGGGCCAAUUUUUUUUGUCCACUUUGCUCUGCUCCUCAGGAAUUGAACUCUUGAUAUCAUUGACCUAGUCCAAACUUUACCUUCAGGUCAAGAAUUCCAAGGUGGAGGGGACUCUGCUCCUGUACCCCACAUCCAGCCCCCCUACUGCUCUUUUGAGGUUUAAGCUGUUUAGGAAAGAGUUUAAUUCCUUUUAGAAGAGUUAGACGAGAGGGAAAUUUUUCCAUACAUGGUGAGUGGCAAGUAUGAAUUGGGUGAAUUGGGCAUGUUUUCAGCAGUUAACUGUUUACUUAUGAUGUAAUUGCGUUCAUUUGGUCUUGGAUUUAAGAAUAAGAAAUAAAAAUGACAUUUCUGA